CUGCUCCUGGCCGUUCUUUAAACAUAAUCUGUUCCUACUCAUAUCUCUCCAUCCCUGUCUUUUUCUAUGUCUGUGUGCUGAAGAAGACUGGAAUCGACGAGCACGAUGGAGUUCGAGCACGAGCCCAAGCAGCAGGUUGAUCCUGUGGUGGCCACCGACUUACAACAUUCCGACAGUCCAUCCACCGUGGAUGUGCCGAUCAACGCUUCUGGCCACAAGCAGGAGCUCGAGCGCAAUUUUGGCUUCAUUAACAUUUGUGGUUUGGCUUUGACUAGUGGAAACACCUGGAUUGCUUUGGGUGGGAGUAUUGUCACGGCUAUCUAUGAUGGAGGUCCGCCCGGUGUGAUCUAUGAGAUGAUCGCGGCCUCUUUCUUCUACUGGUUCAUCGCUGCAUCUCUCGCUGAACUUGCCUCGUCCAUGCCAUCAUCCGGUGGAGUCUACCACUGGGCAUCCGUCACAGCAGGAAAAUAUGGUCGCGUCUGCGGCUGGUUCGCCGGCUGGUGGAACUUCCUAGCCUGGAUCUUCGGUGCUGCCUCGACGACGCAGAUUCUAGGCACGCAGGUCGUGUCCGCAUACGCCUUGUUCCACCCCGACUACAUUAUCGAGCGCUGGCACGUCUUCAUCGCCUACCUGAUCUGCUCCAUCCUCUGCUGCUUCCUGGUCGCCUUCGCCAACCGUGCCCUCCCCAUGAUCGAAUCCUUGGGCGGAUUCCUCGUCGUCGGUGGCUUCCUCGUCACCGUCAUUGUCUGCGCCGUGAUGCCCCACGUCAACGGACAGCCCUACGCCACGGACGACUUCGUCUGGCGCGACUGGCUCAACGAGGCCGGAUAUAGCAGCGAUGGCUUCGUCUUCUGCCUGGGUAUGCUCAACGGCGCCUUCGCCGUCGGCACACCCGACGUCAUCUCCCAUCUGGCCGAGGAGGUGCCCAAACCGGGGAAGAACAUUCCUCUGGGCAUGCUGGCUCAGUACGUUAUGGGCUUCUUCACAGCCUUCAUCUACCUGAUUGUCAUCUUCUACGGUAUCACCGACCUGAACGCCGUUCUCGAAGCCCCCUACCUCUUCCCUCUGACCGAAAUCUACCUCCAAAUCACCGGCACCCGCGGCGGCUCUCUCGGCCUCAUCAUCGUCUCCAUGCUCCCGCUCUUCGUCGCCAUCGUCGGCUGUUACCUCACCUCCAGCCGUGUGCUCUGGACAUUGGCGCGCGACCGCGCUACUCCUUUCAGUGGCUACCUGGGCCGGGUCAACCACCGCUUCAAGAACCCUCUCAACUCGGUGCUCGUCUGCGGCUUGAUUGCGAUCAUUCUCGGCUGCAUCUACGUCGGUAACUCCACUGCAUUUAGCGCUUUCGUCAGUUCCUUCGUCGUCUUGACCACCUUGUCUUAUUCCGCUGCUAUUCUCCCGCACCUGCUUCGUGGCCGUCAGGGCAUCCCCCGUGGAUGGUUCUGGAUGAGUGGCAUUACGGGGUAUCUGGUGAACACGGUCACUUGUCUGUAUAUGAUCGUGUUCAUUGUCAUCUUCUGCUUCCCGUUCUCGAUGCCUGUGGAUGCCGAAACCAUGAACUACACGUGUUUGAUCACGGGCGGGUUCACUAUCUUCAUUGCGCUGUUCUGGUUUAUUCGUCAGGGCAGCUAUACUGGGCCCAAGGCUAUUGCGCUGGAGAGUAGUGCGUUGGCUAAGGAUGCUAUCUAAUGAAGGAGUAAAUGUUAUACUGUAUAUAAGGAGAGCAAAAGUCGGUUGAUUUUAAUAAUAAUAUAUAUAAUACGAG